AUGCUGAACGCUCUCACUAAGAGUGCCAACUGUGCCGCUGGCAUCGUCGCAGUUGUAGUGGCACUCGUCGUUUUAUACAAGAAAUUCUCGUUAGCAAGGAAGGGCAUCCCGCUUCCACCUGGGCCUCCCGCCCGUUGGUUCUGGAAUAAUGCUUUGCCUACUGUAAACAUUGCCUAUGCCCUGACCAACUUGGUCCGAGAGUAUGGGCCGGUUGUGUCGUUCCGACAAGGUAGCCAAGUCAUCAUCGUCAUCGGUGGCGUGGAGGCAGUUGUAGACAUCAUGGAGAAAGAAGGUGGAUCAGUGGGAGACCGACCUCGGUCCGUUGCAGGGAGUGAGAUGCUCUCACAUGGAAUGCGUAUCACCCUAGCUCGUUCCGGAGAACGCUUCCGGCGCCUCCGAAAAGCAGUACACCCUCAUUUACAACCAAAGGCGGCACAAGAAUACCAAGAUAUGCAGCGCGAGAACGCGAUGAACUUUAUAUUGGAUGUGCUGAAUGACCCGACGAACCAUCAGAAGCAUGCAAAGCGGUAUGCAGCAUCAGUCAUUCUUCAGGUGACUUAUGGGAAGUCUACUCCCACUGCCAACACCGAUCCCGAAGUUGUCCGUAUCCACAAAGUUGUUGAGCGCUUUCUUGCCACGAUUCUCCCAGGAGCUUAUCUGGUCGAUCGUGUGCCCUUUUUGCGACACUUGCCUGGUUACGGCAAACAACUUGAUAAGUGGCAUCAUGAAGAGCUUGAGCUAUUUAGGCAUCAAUUGAGGCGUGAUCGGAAUGAAGCUGGCCCCUCUUUCACCAAGACACUAUUGGAAAACACCGAACAACACAAACUCUCUAUAGAUGAGAUGUCGUAUCUCGCUGGAUCACUCUUUGGGGCGGGAUCUGAUACAACCGCUGUUGGAAUUACCGCUACUGUUAUGGCUGCAGCAUGCCAUCCACUGGCUCAGGCAAAGGUGCAUGAAGAGCUAGACAAAGUGAUCGGGUCAGACAGAGCGCCGACCUUCAAUGACUCGAGCUCCCUCCCUCAAUUGCACGCAUUCUUGUUGGAAACUUUGAGGUGGAGACCUGUCGUCCGCAUAGGAUUUCCCCACUGUGCAACCAAGGAUAUUUUGUGGCGAGGAUACUGCAUUCCCAAGGGUGCAACAGUCUACGGCUGCCAUUGGACUCUUUCUCGCGAUCCUACUGUCUUCCCAGAUCCCGAAACAUUUAAUCCUCAGCGCUGGCUUGAUUCAGAAGGCCGCCUUAUUGACGACAAUACGAAAUUCAUCGCAUUUGGCUUUGGUAGACGUGCAUGUCCCGGCAUGUAUGUCGGGAAUCAAUCGUUGUACAUUACCCUCGCACUUCUUUUGUGGUCUUUCCGCAUUGUUCAACGGCCUGAUGCACCCAUCAACACGCACGCUUUCAAUGACGCGGUCGUUCCUCAUGCAGCGCCAUUUGAAAUCGAUGUCAUUCCCCGGGUCGAGGUUGCGAAGCUGAGAGCGAUGAUGACGGAUGGGUGUAUUGAUUAG